UAGUCAGAAAGAAGAGCAUAGGAGCCGGGGAAUUUCGAGUUGCUUUUGAAAUUUUGCGAAAACAUCACCUUAUCCAGACCAUUUGAUAACAGAACUAAACAGAACAAUCCCAUCAGAAAUGGCAGAAAGCAAACCUUUACCAAGAACCUUCCGAUACUCCAUUGGGGGAAAAAAAUUAACUUUUUCCUCCACGAGUUCUUCAACAGUGCUGAAGGCAUUGUUGACCGACCAUGACUUCAAGAAGACUUAUACUGCCAAAGCUGGAAUGGAUGUAAUUAUCCAAAGAAAAAAGGCCCACCGUCCAGCUAUAAGUGUGAAUUUCCCCUGUUGUCUACUUAAAGAUAAUGAGCUGCUUGAAAUACGCUUCAUCAUGCGUGACCGAAAUAGUCAUGGUCCAAAUACUGAAGAGUGUGAUUUACACUUAAAAAACCCCGGGGAACUGAUCGCCUUCCUUGUCAACACAACAGGCAGAAAAGGCAUACUAAAUGCUGUAAUGGAGAACAAGAGCCUCAAGAAAGAAGUGGAUUGUGUGUGUGUUGUCGCAGUCAAAGGGGAAACUGUAAAGAAAGCUCUACGAAGAGAUGGACGUUUUGCAAAGAGCAUAUUUACCAUGGACGGUGCUCUUGAAGAUGAUGAGAAGAACAUUACGAAGAUGAAAAACUCUGUGACUGAAUUGAAAGAUCAUAAGCUAUACAGCAUUUUUCGUAGCAGUCCUGAAGUUAUGCCUGAUAGUCUGGAAAUGCAAAAUGUCCAGGAGGACUUGGAUGAUCAACCUCAAUCAAAUUUCAAAGCUGAUACUGCUGAUUCAUGUCAACAUUCAAAAAUUCCAAAUGAUCAAUCCUCGGGAAAGGCUUCAUUGGCCUCUGACAAAAAGGAGAUGACUGCCACUACGAAGUCAGACCGUACAAAAUAUGAAAAUAUACCAAACACAACGGAGAUUGAAAAAAUCUUGCGUGCUCAAUUUGACAGUUUGGUUGAGCAGCUUAAAGCUCGGGAGAAUGUCAAGACUCCUGCAAAAGUGCAGCAGCUCCUCAGAGAGGAAUUCUCAAAGGAAACUCAGUGUUUCUCCGAGAUAAAAACUGUAAAAACGCUCAUGGAUCUAAGUGCCUCUGUCUGCCAGGUCCGGCAUAACAAUCAAGCAAGAGGGACUGGAUUUCUUCUUUUUGGGACAUGUAUUCUCACUAAUGCACAUGUCAUCACAGAUGCACAAGGACAGCUGCUAGACAAACUAAGUGUGUCGUUCGAUUUUGAGGAUUUGAGCACAGCAAGCAAACAAGAAUUUACAAUAAAGAAAAAGCCUUUAGCAUAUGAACUUAAUUAUACUCCGCAACAUACUAUGGACUAUGCUGUGUUGGAGUUAAAGACGUCUGCUGAAGCAUUGCCUCCACCACUUCUUAAACACUAUAGCGCGCCACCAGUGAGAGGGGGAGUCUGCAUCAUAGGGCACCCAGCUGAAGGUGUUAAGAAAAUGGACAUGUCUCUCAUUAUUGAGCGUUUAAAACACGAAGACGCAGUCAACAAACACAUCUCAGACCAUCCUGAAUGUGUACAAGUUAUAGGAGAGAAAUACUUUGAAACGAGACAAGGACUUGAUGGCAAUCAAAUUGAGUACAACACCUGCUUUUUCCAUGGAUCAUCUGGCUCCCCUGUCUUUGAUGAGUCUGGCAACGUGAUAGGCAUGCAUUCAGGAGGGUAUGGCUACAAAAAAGGUAAAGGGUCAUUCAACAGUAUCAUUGAAUUCGCACACCCCUUACUACCCAUCCUGGUGUCCAUUCUCAGACAAACAAAGGACAAACUGAGUGAUGUGUGGGAAUCCUUUCGUGCUGAAAAGAACACAAAACUAGUGGUGAAGCUUGCUGACGACAUGACCUUUAAACCAGAGUCAACAAACAGUUGUGCUUGGGACCACCUCACCUCUGAUGAGGAAGACUUGGAGGACAUGAUCUUUAAACCAGAGUCAACGAACAGUUGUGCUUGGGACUCCCCCACCUCUGAUGAGGAAGACUUGGAGGACAUGAUCUUUAAACCAGAGUCAACAAAGAGGUCUUUUGGGGACUCCCUCACCUCUGAUGAGGAAGACAUGGAUGACAUGACCGGUAAACCAAAGACAACAAAAAGGUUUGCUAGGGACCACCUCGCCUUUGAUGAGGAAGACAUGGAUUCAUCCGAUCAGGAUCAUUUGUUUGAAUAACUGGGUUUUAUAAUAAUCAUAUAAGUCUCAUUAGACUUGAUUUUUUCAUAUUUU